AUGCAAAAAUCUGGAUGCCAGAGAUUUGAUCGCAAAAACCUGGCUGAGACUUUGAAAUCACAAGGUAAUAAGGCCAUGCAGUCGAAGCUAUAUUUUGAUGCAAUUGAGCUGUAUACUUUUGCGAUUGCACUGAGAGAAGAUAAUGCUGUUUACUAUUGUAAUAGGGCAGCUGCUUACACACAGAUCCAGCAAUAUACAGAAGCAAUUAGUGACUGUCUUAAAUCCAUUGACAUUGAUCCAAAUUAUAGCAAGGCAUAUAGUCGUUUGGGAUUUUCUUAUUAUGCGCAAGGGAGGUACAGGGAUGCUAUUGACGAAGGUUUUUUGAAAGCUUUGCAAUUGGAUCCCAAUAAUGAUUCCAUCAAAGAAAAUAUUCGGGUGGCAGAGCAAAAAAUGAAAGAAGAGAAGCAAAGGACAGAAAAUGAUCAGAAUUUUCAUUCAGCGAGCCAUGGCAGAGAAACAAAUAACCAAUCUGAUGGGGGGUCAACAAGCCAUGCCACACCGCCUCCGUUUACAUCCAUGCCAUUCAGUGCUAAUGGUCUACCUGCUGAUGUUGCAAACAUGUUUAUGAAUAUGGCUGCAAAUGUAUACCAAGGACAGCAUCCACAAGAUAGGCCAGGAGGAGGUAGCGACACCGACACAUCUAAUGAGCCGGGAAUAAGACUAGGUGGUGGGAGCAUUAAUAUCAAUUUAGGAGAACAAAUGCCUGAAGAAUUGACUGGGGCCUUGAGAUCUGUGAUGGAGAUGUUCUCAGGAGCAGUCCCGCGCCAAAGUCCACAAGACAACCUGAAUGGGAGAUCACCACCAAGUUGAUUCACCAUGUUAAACUUGUUACAUAGAUAUAUAUUUGUUCCUUUCCUCUAAGUUGUACAAUAGUCAAUUUCAUAGGCAUGGACUGAUGGACUUGACCUGAAACAGAAGCUGACCUAGACAGCCGUGUGAAAACGCAAGAAGAUUGGGUAGUCCACAUUGAACCUGAUACGUAUUUUCACUUCCCUUGUAUGUUAGUCCUUGUGAAGCCUAAGAGGGCCAAAACUACAAUUCAGAGGCGGAGGUACUGAACCUAGCAACAGAAAGCAACCACAUAUAAGGGUCGAAAGCAGCUGGCUAUGUAAGCCUUAACCGAAAACCAGCAAAAGAUUUAUGAGCUUUAACUGUGAGUUAUGUGCCAAGUGAACCUCCUCGCAGGACACUUUUAGGACCCGGCAGAAGGAUGGGUUGCUAAGAACAUGUAUGAGGCUAUUUUUUUGGAAGACACGGUAAUAAGAAUGUUGCACAGCCCAUCGAAAAACUUUGGUUCACAAGCUUUCUUGUAUUAUAACUGAUCUAAAGCUGAUGUUUUGAAUUGCGUUAAUGCUUGGCAUGUGUUGGUAGAGAUUGAGAAUAGAACUGGGUGAGUUUGAAGCAUUAGAGACCCCGGAAUUCGAUUUGGCAGUAUGGCUUGGUCACCAUCCGCAGAUUGCAAGUUGGUUUUCUGUCUAAAAC